AUGGGGAAGUCUUCACGCGAUAAACGUGAUAUUUACUAUAGAUUAGCUAAAGAAGAGGGUUGGAGAGCACGUAGUGCCUAUAAGCUGCUACAAAUUGAUGAUGAGUAUGGAAUUUUUUCUCCUGAAAAUGCUCCUUUAGAACGAGUGGUUGAUUUGUGUGCUGCACCUGGUAGCUGGUCACAAGUAUUAUCAAAACGUUUAUGGGAAUCAAAAUCCCCAGAGGAUCAAAAAUCUGUGAAAAUCGUUGCCGUGGAUCUACAGGCUAUGGCCCCAAUACCAGGAGUUAUUCAAAUUCAAGGCGAUAUUACUAGUCAGGAUACGGCUCAACAGAUUAUAAGACAUUUUGACGGCAAGUUAGCUCAACUUGUUGUUUGUGAUGGUGCUCCAGAUGUGACAGGUCUACAUGAUUUGGAUGAAUAUGUUCAGUCGCAUCUUAUCUUAGCUGCUAUAACUAUCUGUUCAAGAGUUCUUGAGCUUGGUGGUACAUUUGUUGCUAAGGUUUUUCGUGGACGAGAUUCUGGUUUACUAGGUUCCCAACUCCGACUUUUGUUUUCGGGUGAAGUUAGUUUUGCAAAACCAAGAGCUAGUCGGAACUCUAGUUUAGAGUCCUUUGUUGUAUGUCGUGGAUUUAUGGGUCCUCGUUUACGGACAGAUUUGAAACCAUCCACAUCUUUUGAGAAUCAUUCAAGCAACGAUAAUUUGCUAUUAUUAUGGUACGACAAGGAUAACUUUGAAGACGUUAAUUCUUCUCAACAAGCUCUAUUACCAUUCAUGGCGUGUGGAGAUUUAAGAGGUUUUGACCCAGAUGUCACGUAUACUUUAGACCCUGAUCAUAUAGUCAAGCCACCAGUACAAGUUCCUGUAGAUCCUGCUUAUUCCGAAGUUUGCCGAUUCAGUCGCUUAAAUCAAUCAAAUACUUCAAAAUUUCAAUCUUUGGAAAAGAAUAAUGAAAUUGAUAAUAAUGAUGAUAUUUCUAGAUUUACAGAACUUAUGGAAAAGUUGUCUUUCGAUCCAAGAGAAGAUCAUUUAUGA